AUGCAAUCUUUAGGGGUUUCUGGAAAUAGGAAGGUCAUGCAGUCUGGAACCUGUGAGCCUUUUCAAUCUCUAAGUCAUCAGAGAAACGAUGAAGAGGCAGUUGUGGAUAGAGGUGGAACUCGUUCUAUUCUCAAAACACACUUUGAGAAAGAAGAUUUAGAAGGUCAUCGGACACUAUUUAUUGGAGUUCAUGUGCCCCUGGGAGGAAGAAAAAGCCAUCGACGUCACAGGCAUCGUGGUCAUAAACACAGAAAGAGAGACAGAGAGAGAGAUUCGGGGUUAGAGGAUGGAAGGGAGUCUCCUUCCUUUGAUACCCCAUCACAGCGGGUACAGUUUAUUCUUGGAACUGAGGAUGAUGAUGAGGAACACAUUCCUCAUGACCUUUUCACAGAACUGGAUGAGAUUUGCUGGCGUGAAGGUGAGGAUGCCGAGUGGCGAGAAACAGCCAGGUGGUUGAAGUUUGAAGAAGAUGUGGAAGACGGAGGAGAAAGGUGGAGCAAGCCUUAUGUGGCUACUCUUUCACUGCACAGCUUGUUUGAGUUAAGAAGCUGUAUUCUGAAUGGAACUGUGUUACUGGACAUGCACGCCAACACUUUAGAAGAAAUUGCAGAUAUGGUCCUUGACCAACAAGUGAGCUCAGGUCAGCUCAAUGAGGACAUACGCCACAGGGUCCAUGAGGCACUGAUGAAACAGCAUCACCACCAAAAUCAAAAAAAACUCACCAAUAGAAUUCCCAUUGUUCGUUCCUUUGCUGAUAUUGGCAAGAAACAAUCAGAACCAAAUUCCAUGGAUAAAAAUGCAGGUCAGGUUGUUUCUCCUCAGUCUGCUCCAGCCUGUGUGGAAAAUAAAAAUGAUGUGAGCAGAGAAAACAGCACUGUUGACUUUAGUAAGGGACUGGGAGGCCAACAAAAGGGGCAUACUAGUCCAUGUGGGAUGAAACAAAGGCAUGAAAAAGGACCUCCACACCAGCAAGAGAGAGAGGUUGAUCUACAUUUUAUGAAAAAGAUUCCUCCUGGUGCUGAAGCUUCAAACAUCUUAGUUGGGGAAUUGGAAUUCUUGGAUCGAACUGUAGUUGCGUUUGUCAGGUUGUCCCCAGCUGUGUUGCUUCAAGGACUGGCUGAAGUCCCAAUCCCAACCAGAUUUUUGUUCAUUCUUCUGGGACCCCUGGGAAAGGGUCAACAGUACCAUGAGAUUGGCAGAUCAAUUGCAACCUUAAUGACAGAUGAGGUAUUUCAUGAUGUUGCUUACAAAGCUAAAGAUCGUAAUGACUUGGUGUCAGGAAUCGAUGAAUUUCUGGAUCAGGUUACUGUUCUCCCUCCUGGAGAAUGGGAUCCAAGCAUUCGAAUAGAGCCUCCCAAAAAUGUUCCUUCCCAGGAGAAGAGGAAGAUUCCUGCUGUACCAAAUGGAACAGCAGCUCAUGGGGAAGCAGAGCCCCACGGAGGCCAUAGUGGACCUGAACUCCAGCGAACUGGAAGGAUUUUUGGGGGACUUAUUUUAGAUAUCAAAAGAAAAGCUCCAUACUUCUGGAGUGACUUCAGAGAUGCUUUCAGCCUGCAGUGCUUAGCAUCUUUUCUAUUUCUCUACUGCGCCUGUAUGUCUCCUGUCAUCACAUUUGGAGGACUGCUGGGAGAAGCAACUGAAGGUCGUAUAAGUGCAAUCGAAUCUCUCUUUGGAGCAUCCAUGACUGGGAUAGCCUAUUCUCUCUUUGGUGGACAGCCUCUUACCAUAUUAGGCAGUACAGGACCGGUUUUGGUGUUUGAAAAGAUUUUGUUUAAAUUUUGCAAAGAAUAUGGGCUGUCAUACCUAUCUUUAAGAGCUAGUAUUGGACUUUGGACUGCAACUCUGUGUAUCAUCCUUGUGGCCACUGACGCAAGCUCCCUUGUCUGCUACAUCACCCGCUUUACUGAAGAAGCCUUUGCUUCUCUCAUUUGCAUCAUCUUCAUUUAUGAGGCCCUAGAGAAGCUGUUUGAACUCAGUGAAGCAUAUCCAAUCAACAUGCACAAUGAUUUGGAACUACUGACACAAUACUCGUGUAACUGUGUGGAACCACAUAAUCCUAGCAAUGAUACAUUGAAGGAAUGGAGGAAGUCCAAUAUUUCUGCCUCUGACAUAAUUUGGGAGAAUCUAACUGUGUCAGAAUGCAAAUCAUUGCAUGGAGAAUAUGUUGGACGAGCCUGCGGCCACGAUCACCCAUAUGUUCCAGAUGUUCUGUUUUGGUCAGUGAUCCUGUUCUUUUCCACAGUUACUCUGUCAGCCACCCUGAAGCAGUUCAAGACCAGCCGCUAUUUUCCUACCAAGGUUCGAUCCAUAGUGAGUGACUUUGCUGUCUUUCUUACAAUUCUGUGUAUGGUUUUAAUCGACUAUGCCAUUGGGAUCCCAUCUCCAAAAUUACAAGUACCAAGUGUUUUCAAGCCCACCAGAGAUGAUCGUGGCUGGUUUGUAACACCUUUAGGUCCAAAUCCGUGGUGGACAGUGAUAGCUGCUAUUAUUCCAGCUUUGCUUUGUACUAUUCUGAUUUUUAUGGACCAACAGAUUACAGCUGUCAUCAUCAACAGAAAAGAGCAUAAGCUAAAGAAAGGUUGUGGGUACCAUCUGGAUCUAUUAAUGGUGGCUGUCAUGCUUGGUGUGUGCUCCAUCAUGGGCCUGCCGUGGUUUGUGGCUGCCACUGUCCUCUCCAUCACUCAUGUCAACAGCCUAAAACUGGAAUCAGAAUGUUCAGCUCCAGGAGAACAACCCAAAUUUCUUGGCAUUCGGGAGCAAAGGGUUACUGGGCUUAUGAUUUUUAUUCUUAUGGGUUCAUCAGUCUUUAUGACCAGUAUCCUGAAGUUUAUUCCCAUGCCAGUGUUGUAUGGAGUGUUUCUUUAUAUGGGUGCUUCAUCUCUAAAAGGAAUUCAGCUCUUUGAUAGAAUAAAGCUCUUCUGGAUGCCAGCAAAACAUCAACCAGAUUUUAUAUAUCUAAGGCAUGUCCCACUUCGAAAAGUCCAUCUCUUCACAGUUAUUCAGAUGAGUUGCCUUGGCCUUUUGUGGAUAAUAAAAGUUUCAAGAGCUGCCAUUGUCUUUCCCAUGAUGGUUUUAGCUCUGGUAUUUGUAAGGAAGUUGAUGGACUUUUUGUUUACCAAACGAGAACUCAGCUGGUUGGAUGAUUUAAUGCCUGAGAGUAAGAAAAAGAAACUAGAAGAUGCUGAAAAAGAAGAGGAGCAAAGUAUGUUAGCUAUGGAAGAUGAGGGCACAGUACAACUCCCAUUGGAAGGGCACUAUAGAGAUGAUCCAUCUGUGAUCAAUAUUUCUGAUGAAAUGUCAAAGACUGCCUUGUGGAGGAAUCUUCUGAUUACUGCCGAUAACUCAAAAGAUAAGGAGUCAAGCUUUCCUUCUAAAAGCAUUGAAAGCCGAGAAGAGAAGAAAGCUGACUCAGGGAAAGGUGUUGACAGGGAGACUUGUCUAUGACUUGAUCUUCAAUUUAUUUUUCCAUAUACAUGAGAAGAGUGCCACAAUUAUUAAUAAAACUGCUUUGAUCAUGUAUUGUAAAUUCUGUCCCUAGUCCCAAAUCCACCUUCAUACUGUAAGUAGUGCAAUACUUGUUUCAUUUCUGUGUUUAAACUUCUGAGCCGUGAGACACCCUUAUGAGCAUAUACAGUAGCUACUGCAAGAAUCUCUGUGUUCCUUGCUGUAUGUUAGACAUUUGUAAACACUGGAUUCUCAUUGUCAGUUUACGAGAGCAAUAGCUUUCUUAA